GACUGUCUGCGAUGGAGAACCAGCAGACAAAACUGGGAGCGAAGCAUCCAUGGAGCUUUUACGCGAUGUGCAGAGGCAGAUAACGUAGGAGCAGGCUGUAUCGAAGCAGAGGUGGUCAGCCUGCUAUGGCCACUGGACGUUUCCAUGGAGAGACUUUACAUGGAGUUAACUGGACCACUCCAGUAGCAGGCAAACCACUCUGUGAGAAUGGGGCUCCCUGGAUUCUGUACCUACUGGAGGAGUGUGUGGACAAUAUUUGGGAAUACCUUAGUGUUGUGAUUGGACUCAUAUCCAUGUUCUGCUUUCUCCUUUCCACACUACCGCAGGUGUAUGUGGCCUAUCGUAAUGGUAAAGUAGAGGAGGCUAUGUCCUUUGGCUUUCUCUUAUUCCUCUUUAGUGGAGAUCUGACCAACUUUGCAGGCUGCUAUCUCACCAGUCAACUUCCUAUCCAGGUAGUUGCUGUAAUUUUCUACAUCUUCACAGACCUGAUCCUCAUCUCACAGUUUAUCUAUUAUAAAAUUAAAAACAAAUCCAGCAAAAAAAACCCAUUGUUGAAGUGGCUUUGCUUCAUGUGGUGUGGUGCUGGGACAUUACUCCUUCUCGCUUUGCCCAAAAUAAUUAUAAAUACUACUACAGCGGUUCCUGCUCAGGGUCCUGGUACCAAUAGGGAAUCCAUGAAGCUCGCCGGAUUCACGUGUGGAUAUAUCGCAACAGUAUUCUACCUCUUGUCCCGGUUUCCCCAGCUUUAUAAAAAUUUCCAGCGACAGUCCACAGAGGGCACUUCUUACCUCUUGUUUGCCCUUGCCAUGAUGGGCAAUGGGACUUAUGGGCUGAGUGUGAUGCUAGUUCUACCUGCUCUGAGGGGCUCCAAACAUGCCUUCAUCAUGAACCAUCUGGCCUGGCUCAUCGGCAGCAUGGGGGUACUCAUCCUCGACUUUUUUGUCACAGCACAAUUCAUCUUAUACAGAAACAACAGGACAACAAAAAGCAUUGCAUUACCCAGCACUACAGAAGUGGAGCCCCUUCUCUGUGAGGAUGAGGAGCAGUCAGUUCUAUAGCACAAGACAACUCAACAUGUUGUAAUUUCACUAUUCAGUUCUUACAUUGUUUUUACCCCAUAGAGCUUUCUUAGUCUGGUUUUGGGGUUGAAUUAUUGUAAUUUUAUUUGUCGCACAAAUAUUGAGCAAACUGCUUUAUUCCAGAUGUUUGGAUCUGUGUAGAACAGAAGAGUUUAAGAAAGAAGAGUGUCUGGUUUACUUUACCUAAUUUCAUUUUUUUUUGGCCCAGUGUAAAUACUGCACUGUAAAAACUUCUUAAUUUGCCUUCAACUGUCUUUUAUAAGUGCUUGUGCCUUGUAAAACUGAAAAAUGCCCUUAAUAACUUUUUUGAAAUUGAACGCAUAAAUAUUAGAGUAUUCACUACCAUAUUUAGGGCCCGAGUGUGAAUGUGCGAGGAGGGCGACUCAGCAAAUAUAUUUACUAUUUUCACCCACAGUUUUAUAAUAGACCAGGCUAUUUAUUUAAUUACUAUUUUUGCUUGAUUACGUUCCACCACUUCCUCUAAGUAGUAAAGUACUGUACUAUCUGUACUUUACUGUAUAUUUUUAAAUGGAUACUUUUUACUUUUACUUCACUACAUUUGAGUGAAAUCUGUACUUUCUACUCCACAACAUUUGUGAACAGGACGGAAAAGUAAAAGUAUUUUAUAUUAUAGUUUGAUACCUAAGGCUGAGGAGUUUACUUUUAAACCGUUCAUAGGUUGAUCAAACAAAAAUAUACAAAUAUAAUAGUUAGAAAAAACAGAUUCAAUUGUUUCUGUUGAACAAAAUUCAGCAGAAUCUGUAUUAAAAUCACUGCAUUUGAAGCUUUAUUAGAUCUGAAAGUCUGUGUGAAAUACUUUUAGGUUUUACUUUUUAAGCACAUUUUUAAACAGGCACUUAAAUACUUUUACUUAAGUAGAUGUUCUCAUGUGAUCUGCACUUUUACUUAAGAACAAAACUGAGCACUUCUUCCACCACUGCUUAGAGGUAGUUUCUUAAUGUGUAAACCUCUUGCUUUAACACAAAAAAGAUGUCUCAACACAAAUGUCUCAACCUCGUUUCAGUAAACACAAGAAAUUAUUAUUAAUCAACUAUUAGAGAAAUAUGUUUUGGUAUAAGCGAGACCGUCCUGGAUAAGAAUACUUUUUCCUGCGCACACUGCUGGUAUAAUGUGUAUUUUUUUGCCGAUUAUUAAAUUAUAGAAAAUGCAGCAAUUUUUGGUCAACCUCUGUUAUGGCAGUUGUUGUUUUGUUUUUUUUAUUGUCCCCCCUCCCUUGCUGAUAUGUAUGGUAUGUAUUAGCGCAAAGCAGACAACUUACAGUAUCUAGCACCAAAUAGUCAGCCUAUAACCUGAGAAGAAUGGAGUAGACAUUUAUUGGCAGCUGAAGCCAGUACUUGAUAACAUUUUGUUUUUCUGUAGCUUACCUAUGACAGCAACUUUGAGUCUACCUUCUAUUAGUUCUGACUGAAAUGUAAAAUAACAGUAUAGUACUAAACUCAUUUGGGAUGCAUUACUGCCAUGUUCAUAUGUAUAUGUUGUAACUUGUUUAUUUAUGUUUUCCCCUCUAUUUCUCAUAUGGUAUGGUUUGGGUUGAGUUAGCCUAGUUAAUUCUAAUAUAUGGGUCUAUUUUUGCUAUUGUGUAUUCCACCACCUAAACUCUUUAUUAGUGACAAAUAUUUUGUAAAUGUUAAUUGCACUAAAUGUAACGUUAACCUGGCCUCCUUGGAGAUAUUCUUUGUAUCAUUUAUACUUGUAUACUUGCCUAGUGUGUUAAUAAACAGGCUUAUGUCCUUUC